AGCCUGGUUCUCUGAACUCACAGAACAUGCUCCCCCUGCUGACAUGAGUAGAACUGGAGCAAUGCACCCCAUUGCACAUUUGCACUGGAGUCGCGAGGGCGUUGCAGGGAGAGAGGGAAUUGUUUAUUUUCGUAGCUAGCGCUUUAGCAUUGUUUGCCAGUCAGUAUAUUUAAACCAUUGUUUGUCUUGUUUCGCCACUGGCACAAUUGAGAAACAUCAAAGAGUCGCAGCAUAUCUCAGAAUGAGAAGAUAGUCAAGUAUUGGCUCGAACUUCGAUUCAAAGAACACUGGUUUUGUUGUCGGCGAGCAAGCUAACUAGUUCAACGAUAAUAACAUUUUAGGUUUGCUACGAGAAAGUAUUAGCAUUUUUUUUUUUGAAAUGGUAAUUUCAGCUACACUGACUAUUAGCUACAACUUAUCCACACGGGGCACGUCGUUUUUUGAUUUUAAGCGAGCCUACUAUUGUAGCUAGCUAGCUAGCGUAUUAUGCUGUUACAUAUGUAAACGUUAACCAUAGCUAUUUAGCCAGUAAGCUGGGUAUUUGCGUUAGCUAACGUUAAAACGAGGAAUUUUAUGCAAAAUAGUUAGCUUUUUCUGUCCUGUACACCCCACCUGUAGAGUGAAGGGGACACAUUCCAUUCUAACCCAGGCAAAGGGUUUCAGAAAAUGUGUUUUUGACUCAUUGAUCUGGAGUGACGACUGAACUGGAAGCCUCCUUAAGAUUGAACUCCGCAAGUUAUAGAGACUGGAACGGUGAGCAAGAUGUCGAUCACAAACACCCCCACAAGCAAUGACGCUUGUCUGAGCAUCGUGCACAGCCUGAUGUGCCACAGACAGGGUGGAGAGAGCGAGACCUUCGCCAAGCGAGCCAUUGAGAGCCUUGUUAAGAAACUGAAGGAGAAGAAAGAUGAGCUAGAUUCUUUAAUCACAGCCAUCACCACCAACGGAGCUCACCCCAGCAAGUGUGUCACCAUACAGCGCACCCUGGAUGGACGCCUGCAGGUUGCGGGGCGUAAAGGCUUCCCCCAUGUGAUCUAUGCAAGACUGUGGCGGUGGCCUGACCUGCACAAAAAUGAACUGAAGCAUGUGAAAUACUGCCAGUUUGCUUUUGACCUCAAAGCUGACAAUGUGUGUGUUAACCCAUACCACUACGAGAGGGUGGUAUCGCCAGGGAUUGACCUUUCAGGACUGACUCUUUCAAGCUCAGGCACACUCAUGGUCAAAGAUGAGUAUGAAUUUGAGAACCAGCCAUCUCACUCCGGCGCGGACAGCCACCAUCAGACCAUCCAGCACCAACCCUCCAGACCGGGGGGUCCCCAGGAGUUCAGCAGCCCGGCCCUGCUCCCUUCCCCCGAGGGCAGCAGCUCAGCCUCCACCUCUGCCUUCUCCAGCCUCGCUGCUGGAGCUUCAACCCAGUCCAGUAGCCUUCUGUCAGGGAGCCAUAUCAGUGAAGGUCUGCGGCAGCUAUCCUCAGGGCCAGGCCCAGCACAGGGACAGAGCUCACAGCAGAACGGCUAUCCCCUGGCACAAAGUGCCACAUACCAUCACAGUGCCACCUCGGGCUGGCUGAGAAACGGGAACUUCUCCCCCUCAGUGCCUCACCACCAGAAUGGGCACCUGCAGCACCACCAACCCAUGCCCAACACCCCACACUACUGGCUCUCGCAUAAUGAGAUUGCAUUCCAGACCCCCAUAUCCAAUCACCCUGCACCUGACUACUGGUGUUCCAUUGCCUACUUUGAAAUGGAUGUUCAGGUUGGGGAGACGUUCAAGGUUCCGGCCAGCUGCCCCACGGUGACUGUGGACGGGUAUGUGGAUCCCUCGGGAGGAGACCGCUUCUGCCUGGGUCAGCUCAGCAAUGUCCACAGGACAGAGGCAAUCGAGAGAGCCAGACUUCACAUUGGUAAAGGGGUGCAGUUGGAGUGUAAAGGGGAAGGGGACGUGUGGGUGCGUUGCCUUAGCGAUCAUGCAGUGUUUGUGCAGAGUUAUUACUUGGACAGGGAGGCAGGACGUGCUCCUGGAGAUGCAGUGCACAAGAUCUACCCCAGCGCCUACAUCAAGGUGUUUGACCUGCGCCAGUGCCACAGGCAGAUGCAGCAGCAGGCAGCCACAGCACAGGCGGCAGCCGCAGCACAGGCAGCGGCAGUGGCUGGAAACAUCCCCGGGCCUGGCUCUGUAGGAGGCAUCGCCCCCGCCAUCAGUUUGUCUGCGGCGGCAGGUAUAGGAGUGGACGACCUGCGCAGGCUGUGUAUCCUGAGGAUGAGCUUUGUGAAGGGCUGGGGGCCUGACUACCCCCGGCAGAGCAUCAAGGAGACUCCGUGCUGGAUUGAGAUCCAUCUCCACCGUGCCCUGCAGCUACUGGAUGAGGUGCUGCAUACCAUGCCCAUCGCUGACCCCCAGCCCCUGGACUGAGUUAUAGAACGGCAACACUAACUCGACACAUGCUGGACUGACUGACUGCCCAUGCCGCGUAGGCUAGCCAUUUUAACGCUGUCCGGGAUGAGAGAGGGGUGUGAAUUAUUCAUUUUUUUUCCUACCCACUGGCAUCAAAGCCAGACAGGGUUCCUUCUCUGAAGAUACCAGCUCAUUAAUCUGUUUUCUAUUUGCCUCAGAAUCAGGAUAUAUAGUCGUUACUCAUGGAUGCUUUUCAUUCUGUUCUAUUCAUAUCAUCCUGUUCAUUGACUGACAGAAGGCCAUGACAUGACACUUUAUAUACUGUAUUUGAGUUUCAAUGCUGUUUUUUAUGGCAUAUUAGCUUAAUUAAGCACUUUAUUGGUUUGCUUUUCAUGUGCUUGUUUUCAGUAUGUUAGCUUAAUUAAGCACUUUAUUGGUUUGCUUUUCAUGUGCUUGUUUUCAGUAUGUUAGCUUAAUUAAGCACUUUAUUGGUUUGCUUUUCAUGUGCUUGUUUUCAGUAUGUUAGCUUAAUUAAGCACUUUAUUGGUUUGCUUUUCAUGUGCUUGUUUUCAGUAUGUUUAGGUAUGCAGUGUGAGGGGUAGUUUCCGCAUACAUUUCUUCUUAGAAUAUUCAGCUUUUGUAGCGAUGAGUGGGAUCCAGGCCAGAUGGUUUUCACUUCAAUAAUGUUUUCAGAUGCCUCAAUGUCUAGACAGGUGUUCAGUUCAUUAACAUUUUUAUCUCCACUUCAUAUUUCUGUAAUCGUGACUUUGAUGAAUUGACUUGUGGUAACAUUCCUUGGAGAUAUUGGAGGAAAGGAAGUCUGAAGCCAUAUUGAUGCCAAAUGAACCCAUAUGAAAGGAAACAGUUCAGAGCACAGUCGUGUGUCAGUAUUGUGAAAGUUGUAAAUAAAUACAUGUUUUUAUGACCAGAUCCUGCAUUGAGAAUAUCAGCAAUUGUGUGGGCCUGGACUACUUGUCACCGGGUUGUUCGAGCCGUGGUAUGAUGCAAAACUACUUGUUUACUGUUCUAAUUAUGUUGGUAACAUGUUUAUAAUAGCAAUGUGGCACUCCCUUUUUGGGCCUUAUUGCUUAAUUAUAUAUUUUUCUGCCUUAUGAGCAUAUGUUUUAAAGUUAGAAAAUGAUAUAUGUAGGCUAAGGACAGAUGUGAUCAAGUGCUUGUCCUUUACCUUCAUAAUUAAUGGAAAUAAAAUGGUGUAUAAUUUG